UAGUAAUUGCUCAUUUACAUUCAGUAUACUUCCAAUUAUUACGUUUUUAUUGAAUAUUGCAUAUUAAACCUACCCUACGUCUUCACACAAGCACAUAAAACGAUUUAUGACAUUAUUUGUUUAAAUUAAAAUGAUAAAUAGUGAUCAUGUAGCACCCUUAAUAAUUUAUGGUAGGUAGCGUCUUCACACAUUUAUGCAAAUGAGACGUGCAGGCAGCUAAGGACACAAGACGCUCAGCUAUCUGGAAAAUGGCGAACCGUGACAAGGAUCUAGAAGAUGAGAUAUACGACAAGGUCGUAGACCUGACAGAAUAUGCCAAACGCCAAAGAUGGUGGAAUCGAGUCUUUGGAAAAAAUUCUGGGCCUGUAGCUGAGAAAUACUCAGUGGCUACACAGAUAGCUAUAGGUGGAGUCAGUGGAUGGUGCGCAGGAUACCUUUUCCAGAAGGUUGGCAAAGUAGCUGCUACGGCUGUUGGUGGAGGUCUUCUGAUGUUACAGAUAGCAAAUAAUAGUGGCUAUAUUCAAGUGGAUUGGAAGAGAGUAGAAAAGGAUGUCAAUAAAGCUAAGAAGCAACUGAAGAAAGGUACCAAUCAAGCAUCAGCAGAACUGGAUACAGUUUUUCAAAAGUCUACAGAGUUUGUGAAGAAGAACAUUGUUAUCACAGGCAGCUUUGUCGGGGGUUUUCUGCUUGGAAUGGUGUCCUAGAAAUUGAUCAUCUCUCUUAUUGAAACAUAUCAUAAAAUGCUUUUUUUUUUUUCUUUUUUUUUUAUUUACCACUUGCAAGUAGAUGAACAUAAUGAAGUGUAUAUGCAGCUAUGCAGCAAUCAUUUCUAUUUGAAUACUGUAGUACCUCUAUGUAAGAGGCACAUUUAUUACGUUGUUUUGGUUUGACCAGAUUUUAGAACUCUUGUUUUUAUAUUGCUAGUAUAUUUUUGCAAGCCAAAUAGCCUUUGGGGGGAAAAGAACCACCUUCAUAGUAUUAUUUAUUUAUUUUGCUACUAAAAUGAGAUUGAAUUAUGUGGAGUAAAACUAAGUUUAAAUGUGAGUGUAAACAAUAAGGACAAAUAUUCUCAGUCAUUGAUCAUUCAUCUUCAAAACCUGAAGUAUGUCCAAAGUGCUAACUUUGUAUGGCCUUUAAGAAGUGGUGACAUGUCUCUUCUCUUCAUCUGCUUCUCCCUGUUUGUAUGCAUGGCUUUGGCAGCUGUGCUGCAUUGUGUUUGAUGACAACAAUAAAGUUAUGAAAGCAA